AUGGCACGAUACUUCCAGUCUCAUCGUGGAGAAGACACGACAAGCGGAGAAAGUCUCGUAUACAACCCCCUCUACACCAAUUCCUCUCAGCGAAUGCAAAGAACCAGUCUGUCGCUACCGAAUCCUCCUCCAAGCCACGUUUUCCGCCAUGUACGAGUUGAGCCAAAAACUCCAGCGCGAUUGUCACCGUAUGUCAUCGUAAAAGAGGAUAUCGCGGCUACGAUUCAGACCCCGCGACUUCAUAUUAUCACACAUUCCUUCCAUUGGCAAACGCCACGCGUACAUUACCGGCGGGUUCCCUUCCCUGAGAGAUCUGGUCAAGCCGUACUUCCGUGGUAUGUAUCACAACUCACAUAUGACAGGCCUUCACCAGUUGAUAAGGGAUUGCAUGCUUGGACGUGGAUUGUGGAGACCAGCGAAAAGCUACCAAGGUACACACCAUCCAUCCCUCUUCUCUUCUCGUCGCAAUCCAUCCAAAGACAAGGAAUAAAACUAUCGAAACCCAUUCAAUUCAAUUCAGGUAAGUCGAAUUCAACCCCUUCCUGCAUCCUCGAUAACGCAGUGGAUCGCGAUGACCGUCGUCAGAAAAAAAACUUCUCGGCAAAAGGCAAGCUUCGUCUCCAGGCAAUCCCUUUCUACUGGGAAUUACCCGUCAAGUGA